UCCAAAAUGGCCGUCAAUGUGAUUCGAAAACGGGAGACAGUCGUUUAACGUGACGACAAAUCUGUAUUUGCCAAAAGGGUGAAGGGGUGAAAGCUAUUAGAACGCCCUAUAAAUGAGACCCAGUGAGUUUGAACGGCUGAUCAGAUGUCUAGAAUGGAAACAAGGAAACAGCGAGGCGAUUAUGAUGGUAAAAUCGCCGGUUUGUACGAUUUGGAGGACACAAUCGGACGAGGCCAUUUUGCUGUCGUAAAACUUGCAAGACAUGUAUUUACAGGCGAAAAAGUUGCGGUGAAAGUCAUCGAUAAGACAAAAUUGGAUGAAAUAUCUCGUUCACACUUAUUCCAGGAAGUACGAUGCAUGAAAUUGGUGCAACACCCCAAUGUUGUACGGUUGUACGAGGUGAUAGACACACAGACCAAGUUGUAUUUGAUAUUGGAGCUUGGGGAUGGAGGAGAUAUGUAUGAUUAUAUCAUGAAACAUGACGGCGGAUUGGAAGAAACUGCAGCAAGACGAUACUUUAGACAAAUAGUAGAAGCGAUAUCGUAUUGCCACCGACUCCACGUUGUUCACAGGGAUUUAAAACCCGAGAAUGUGGUGUUUUUUGAGAAACUGGGUCUGGUGAAAUUGACAGAUUUUGGAUUCAGUAAUAUGUUUAAUCCAGGGAAAAAGUUGGAGACAUCGUGUGGUUCACUUGCAUAUUCUGCUCCAGAAAUCCUUCUUGGAGAUUCAUAUGAUGCACCAGCAGUAGAUGUGUGGAGUCUGGGCGUGAUUCUCUACAUGCUGGUGUGUGGCUGUGCCCCCUUCCAAGAAGCUAAUGACAGUGAAACACUCACUAUGAUCAUGGACUGCAAGUUCAACAUCCCCGACCACAUCUCUAGUAGCUGUAGGGAACUGAUUCGUGGUAUGCUGAUACGCGAGCCAUCACGGAGACUGACCUUGGAUCAGAUCCUGCGGCAUGAAUGGGUGACUGUCGGCGGAGAGUACAACCCAGUGUUCUACAUGCCCCUCAUCUCACAUGAACACCUGACAGCUGAAGACCACACCUACGUCGUACAGCGCAUGGUUGAGGGGAAGAUUGCAUCCAAGGACGAGAUUGUCAGCUCUCUAGACAAAGAUUCGUACGAUCACAUCACUGCCACGUACUACCUGCUGGCCGAGCGUAAGCUGAAGAAACACCAGCAUGAGCUCCAGCAGGCUGCCAGUCAACUGCGGAAACAGUCCGCCCCUGGACACUCCCAGAAACCACACCUCGAACCACUGUCACUCUCACCUCGCAAGCAAAGAGAAGUGAAGAAGACUAAAACUGCCCCACUAGGUUGGGGCAUGGACGCAGACUCCCUCUCUAUAAGCCCUACUAUCUCCCAACCCAUGUCUGCUGACGGCAGUCUUAAUAGGCCAGUUUUUGUAAAGACUUUAACCUCAAGCAUGACACUUGACCGUAAAAGUAGCCAAAAGAAACGCCCAUCCAAAUCGGGUUCAAUCACUCCAGGUGAGGUGGGCUUACCAUCUCCAACUGAGAUCAAUCUAUUGUCAAAAUCAGAACCAGACGCUGAGAAUAUGAAAAAGAGCAUUUCAGUGUCUGCCAAAUUUUCCAAAAUUGCAAUCUUGAGUUCAUUCUUUGAACGAAAAGCUGCCGCGGCUGCAGGGAAGGGCCCCACCCCAGACCACAAAACUGGGUUUUUCCUACCCGGAGGUGCAAAGAAAGCAGACAAAGUACAAACAGAGCCAUCUGAUCAGAGGGAUGCAUUGAAGCCAACUUAUGUGCAGUCACUGGUGUCUCCGCCUGGCACCCAUCCCUCCCCAUCUGCAUCCCCCAAGCAUAAUGCAGCAAGCCCUGAGAAGCACUACAGGGUGAGGAAGUGCAGCCUAAUCAAGGAAGAGUCCCAGGAUUCACAAGAAGAUGGCUCGGACAUGGAUGUGGAGGAGCCAGGGAUGAUGAAGCCCAUCGCGUCCUGUAAUAGUCUCGAGAGUAUGGUCUCAGUGUCACGUUGCCAGCAGAGCUCAUCAAUGCUGGCCAUGUCAGGGCAGACCACAUCCCAGUCGAUGUCACUACAACAGACAACAUCCAUGCAGGUGGUGCCACAGUUGACUGUGACAAAGCAACCAUCUGUGCAGCAGACAACUUCAACAGGAAAAGAACUUGGUGCAACCCGAUGGCCAUUGAAGUCCGUCAACAGCUCUCCACAACUCCUGAAUCAGAUCUUUGAGGAAAAUGAAUCUGAUGAAGAAGAGGACUUUGUCCCCCAGAAGUUACACUCACCCCGCACAUUCGUCAGCAGCAUGGCGUCACCUGAAAUCCUGCGUAAGUAUGAGCAGCGGAAGAAACGCCGUGGAGCUGGUCAACGAGGUACAAGCUGUAGCAGUUCAGAUGCCAGUGAUACUGAUGAUACCGAGGGUAGGUCACGCAAGGAUAAAUUGAAGCACAAGUUUGUACAUCGCCGUGACAGCAGUGACCAUUCUAGUGAUACCGAUGGGCCAGGUGGACAUGGGGGAAACAUGGGAGGAGGGGCACACUUCAGUGGAGGAGGGGGGUCAUCUAGAGGAUCUCAGGGGGGUAACCGCAAAGAUUCAGGGAAGAAGGACAACUCUGGCAACCAAGGCUCAAAAGGUCAGGGUAGCCAGGGUUCCAAGCAGAAUCAAGCAAAUACCAGCAAUGGGGCCGAACUGAAUCUGAAAGCACUGACCAAGAAGUUGAGUCAGCUAAGUGUGAACUCUCUGUCAUCUAUGUCUAGUGUAGGGAGUGUUGGCAAUGGGAAUUGUGCAACAUCUGCCUCAUCAACAGCCCAGUGGACGAUAGGUAAUACUCCAAUACAAUACAUAGGGCGUACAGACUCUGAGCUAUAUGUCGAAGCCAAGUCCCUUCAGUUCAGUGAGCUCUCAGAGUACACUGACCAUGACCUUGGAGAUAGGUCAUCAGUAUGUUCGUCAGAUUGUGUUCUGAUGCAGCGUAAAGGUCACCGAGCACGCUCCAAGAUCACAACUGACAUCAACAGCAACGGUGUUCCGCCAAGCUACUGUAAGCCAGGAGGGGCUCAACAACUAUCUGUGAUGAAAGUGGAGUCAAAAUGUUGUUCCGUAGUUUGAAGUUUCUUGUUACGUAGAUAGUAUAUGUUAAGAUUUUUUGUGGCAAAGAGAAUGUACAUUUUGUAUGUAAUGUAUAGUUAAUACGUUUGCAGAAAUGCAAGACCUGACAUAUUCACAAGAGAAUACGACAGAGCGCAUGAGUGAGCCUACCAUGAGUUGGUCUUGUUAUAAGUAAUUGUAGCAGGAUGUCAAAUGAUGGUGUAUCUACUACUCAAGUUGAUAAUAUGGGAGAAAUUUUGAUUUGUUUCCAACAUGUUUAAUUGGCAUUUUGUGUCCUCAUUCUGUUCUAUUACAUCAACAAUUCUGGCUUUGAUAUCUUAAUCUUCCCAAAGUAAUGUCUUAACUGCACCUCUUGUACAAACUGUGUCCUUUUUUUUUUCAUGUACCAUGUUAUCAUUUGGGGAUCCGAGCUAACCAACAGUGUUUUAAAUUUUGAUGAAAGCCAAAUGUUUUAUUAAAUGUUUGUCUGUGUGUUAAAGUGUGUGUUGAUCGGGAGUCAGAUAAGAUUCUCUAGCUCAUCCUUUGUCACCCCCCAACAUGUCCAAAGCUCUUUCAAAGUGCUACUUUUAUGUCCAGAUAUUGCAAUAUACUCAUAAUUAUACACUGAACUUUUAACAUGGGUUUGGGCCAUAAUAGACUGACUGGUUGUUUUAACUCUGUUUUAUGACUAGACAAUUUUACAGCAUUUUAUUUCAUUGCAAGGGGUAUUUGACCUGAACAUACGUCCUGUUCCCAUAUAUAGGGCAACUUGUACAAGUCAAACUACAAUUGUACAUGGCGAUAGAGAUUGUCCACCCAACCAAGAAGUAAAUGUGUAGCCUCAGUAAAUUAAUCUACAGAAUGCUAUAUCUGAGCAUAUCUUAGGCUGCUUGCUAGAGGGAUGGUGUGGACAGGUUCUAUUGCUUAUGUAUUGUGUCUUUCAUGUAUGUCUGGGUGUGUUGAUGCAGUCAGUCAACGUGCAGGUGCCAAUGCCAAUGUGAUAGUCUCUGUAACUAUAGUAUUGUGUAGGAAGGGCAUUAAGAUGUGUCUGCGCAGUCUGUGGGUCAUCAGUGCAGUCCUGUAUCAGAAACACUGUCUGUGGUUGUAACAAGUCGCCAGGAUACUUAGCCAUGAUAGUUAUAUAUAGUAUCACAAGAAAUCCAUAACUGUAAGACACUGUGUAUUCACAUUCAAGGAUUAUUCCCUUCUACGUGUGGGGGUAGCCCAGCCGUCUAAGGCGACGCAAUUCGCUGUGCAGAGGUGUGUCUCUUGGGCACAUCAAGCUGACACGCUGUGAUAUAACUGGAAUAUUGUUCAAGACAGCGUUAAAUCCAACUCACUCACUCCUUCUACAUUUGUACAGUCUGAAAGUGUAUUUUUAUUUAUUCUCAAUGUAUCUAAAAUAUUUCUUUUGAGUCAAUUCUCAGUCUCUUUUGGCUUGGUAACUGUUACUAGAGUGUCAAUUUCAUGGUUCUAAAAUUUAUUACAUCACAGGUGUCAAUGUCCCGAGAAAUAAUAUAUAUUUUGAUGCUGGUGUUUUUAAGAGUCGUCUUGCAAGUGUGGCUUGUUACAUCCUUAGUCUGCAAUUGUAUCUGAGAUUGCAUUGAUGGGACACAGCGUUAUGUGCAGUCUAGCCUAACCCUAUCCGUGUUGCAUGCAUAAUUCACUGAAUCCUGCCUUCAGUUGACCAUCACACGAUUUGUCCCACUGUAACCUGAGCUCUCCUGUUGUGUACAACUAGUCCUGUAUUCUCCCCAGGUUGUACAGCAUGCUGUUCUCUCCUCUGCAGUUACGGAAUGUAAGAUGACAGUGUAGUUGUAAUAACUUGUUACAAGUAACAAGAUUUAUUGAAACAAGUGGGCUAUUGGUCCUUUCUUCCAAAGAAAAGGAUUUACUACGUACAAUGAAACCUCAUUAAGUCAAACACCGAUGAAACAGUUUGGUCCCAGCUGCUCCCAAUCAGCACUUUGGGGUAACAUCAGCUUUCAGUUAGAACCGUGGCUAAGUUGAUGUGUUUGCCAUGUCUCAAAGUCUAUGAGUUUAUGAGGUUUCACCAUUUGAAGACAAAACUCUCUUUGUGUGUAACUCACUGAAGUUUCUCAAAUGGUAAGAUUUACUGGUAGUCGUCUUUUGAUGUCAUUGAUGUAUUCAUAUGACCCUUUCCUCAUUAUUAAUCCUACAUAUUAGUACAACUAGCACUAAAACGGACAUGAUGGAACCAUAAAGAACCAUUGUCUAGUCAUAUAUGACGUUCAAGGACAUUAUGAACUUAUUUCCAGUCACUGCCAUCAUUGGGACAAACCUUGAAGAAUGAAGAUACAUGCUUUCCCUCUUCUAAUACCACCCGCUAGAUACUAACCACUUGUAGAUCCUGUUUAAUAUGUAUAUAGAGGUGAUGACAACUAAUAUAUUGACUUGUUGGAGUAGUGCUGUGUGUGGUGUAUGUGGUGUGAAGUCUUCCCCAGUUUGUAUCUUGACACAUAAAGAGUAUGUCAGGCUCUUGUUUCCCUUGUCACAUUAUUACAUUGAACUUUGUUUGUCAGGUAGCAUCUAGUUGCAGUUUCUGUGAAUUAUGUGUGUAUGAAUAGCUUCUUGACAAACAGGUGCUUUGUGUCAUAACAUGUCUUGCACAGGCAGUAAAAGAUUCUGUGUUGCCAGGAGCAUGACCGAACCAGUUGUUGCUACCUGCCAACUGUUUUACUUCUUAUCAAAUGCUCUCACCCUCUUUCUUAAAAGAGUUGAAACAAUAGUAACAUAAUCGGAUUAUAGAAUAGUUUUUCUGUCAACUUACAAUACUGUUAUCUUCAAGAGCUAUGUAAUCAUACCACUAGUACAUAACACAAUCUGUAUGUGUGUGGCUCUUUCGUUAAGGGUUGUACUCUUAACAGAAGUAUUUUAUAAGCUCAGGGGGUCAUUACGGUAUUGUAGAGAACAGCUGGACCUGUUUCAUAGCAUUCAACAUGACGAUACUGCAGGGUUUGUAUUGACCUGCACUUUGGUUGUCCUGCUAAUGAACAUGACAUGACUUGGCAUGUAUGAUCCAUGUAUGUAGAAGGUAAUUUAUUCGUGAUGGUUUUCAUGGAAACAUCACAUAAAUGAACAGCUCUUGGACUUAGACAUUGAAGUGUAAUGACUAUUUAUUACCCUUAGGGUUAGAAAUAACUGAGUUCAUAAAAGUUGUAUGUGCACUAGUGCAAAUAUCGCUGUAUGGGCACCACUGUAUUGUUUACGUCUCCCAGACGGCAUUGUUGACAUCAUUCAAAUCAUAUUGUGACGUAAGGUCAAAAUGACGCCACACCAGAGACGUCAUACCUGAAGAUUGUUGACGUCAUUCAACAAUUGUGGUUUACUAUGUCGGCAGUCGUGAUCAGUGCAUUUUUCUAAGAAGGAGCUCAAAUAAUGGGUAACAAAGAAAUUAUUACACUCACAUGUGUGCCAUACUGAUUUUAUGAACUUGUGUAAGAAUUUGUGUAUUGCCCUCACUCUUGCUCUGGAAAUACAAGAAAUCUCACACUCGAUUCGUUUGGUAAGAUCAGUAUGCACAUGCACAUAUAUUAAUCUUUUUAUACACAAUGAUACAGGUUGUGUUAGGUUUACACAUUUGUAACUAUGUAGUUUAUCACUUUAUCACAAUCACUGUCUGUGGAUCUGUAAUGUCAUCACUUUAAUCGUAGUGUUUAUUGUAACCAGCCCCACACUUAAGACUUCAUCAGAUUCCUCUCGACACACUCAUAAACAAUUGGGCCCACAAAACAAUUAGAAACAUAAUUCACAUCACAACUAAAGGCGCCAACUGGUCCAAAUUUACAGUAUUCUGAACUGACUUGAUUCUGUUAGCUUUAGGUGACUGGGACAAGUGACCAUAACAUCCUACAUCUUUCACAUGUCCUGUGAAUAUUAAGCAAUUUGAAUGUUCACCUUCUGUUCAUAGUUGAACUCCAGGUGUUCUUUUCAGACUGGUUGCAACAACUAUAGCAACCUUAUUUCUCGAUAUCAAUUUGUCCUUCCAUUGUGGAGUACGUUAGCCACUUUGUUGCAAUGGUGUUAGAGCUGAUGCUUCCUAUCUCUAUGAGAAAGUGAUAUUUGUGAAGUUGUGUAAAUGUUCUGUGUAACCUCAAUGCUGGCGUUGAGGCUUGUAGAUGCUGUAGAUCUGUGUUUCACCAUGGUUAUUGUGUUGCCAGGGUUACUAUGAAAACUAUGGUUAAGUGCAUGUACAUAGUUUACAUAGACUACAAUGGUGUCAUUGUAUGUGUAGGGUUGUCUCCCUUGUCACGUGUCAAAUGUACUCUUUAUUUAUUUUGGUAGAUUUGUGUAAUCAUUUCAUAACUCAUAAGAUUCAUUUUAUGUUCAAAAUUCAGUUUUCCCAGAAUAAUACAGAUAAAUAUUAUGUGUCAUAUGAGGGGCAUUGCUGUAUUAGCAUUUUGAGGCUGUCAUAUAUGACAGCUGUAACACACUUAUCAGGGUCACUGUAAUCCCUCUACAGUGUUCUGUUGCAUGUCUUGUGUACUUUACACUGUAAUAUUAUUGUAACCAUGUGUUAUUUUGAUGAUUACACUUACUUAUCCUUGAUUCUAUGUGAAUUGAACUAAUGCUUGGAACAUGAAAAUGUUAGACUGAUUACCAUCAAAGGAGGUCCUGAAGGCAUUGUGUAGAUUAUCUUUGAACUCGUAUCCACAUGUAGGUUUAUUGGAGUUAAGCAAGGUUGUAAGAGAAUCAUGUCACCUUGCAUUUCUCAUACUUACCGGUACUCGUAGAUCACCAAGUUUAGUUUUCCUAUAUUUUGUACCUUGUAUGUAAAGUAGCCAUCUAUCAAAGUUGUUGCUCUUACGAACCAAAUGAGAAUAUUUUGGUUAAGAAUUUGUAAUACUUAUAUGCAUACAUCAUCAUGAUCAUUUAUGGUUUACAAAUCGGCAUAAACGUGAUGGUAAUACAGUUUGGUAGAAAAUUGCAUGAAAGCAAUGUCCCAGAUCCCCCAAAAGAAUGAUUACACAGCAAUUUGAAUAUUUCUUUGUCAGAAUGUCUGCCUCUUUUUUCCCCUGAAAUUAUUAGGACAACAUGCGUUUGUAAUGAUCCUUUGUAAUGCACAAAUUUGCAAUAAAGACCUUUGGCUAGUGGAGAAAAAUACUCUGUUAAGUGUUAAUGCCAUGGCAAAUGGAUUGUUUGUUACAGAGUAGAUGAAUAUGUUUAUGAUGCUUCUAGCAAGAGAAAAGUAGUUUCAUUUAUAAACAAAUAUAUUCAAAAGACAUUCUGACUAAUAGUUGUUCUGGCCUUAUUCAUCUGUUGGAAGUCAAUCCUUGCUAAUGGUUAUCCAGUGAAAACAAUGCAUAGUCAUUGGUAUGUGUUAAAUAAAAAUAUAUCUGGGACUUUUUCUGGGGAUUGAGUUGUUUUAGUCUAAGGUAGCUUCUUAAAGGCUGAUAAAGGUUCAUAAGCUUCAGGGACUUGUGCUCAGGGCAAGAGGACCAAUGAGGUGGGAUAAAGGGCUAUUAAUCUUGAGCAAAACUUACAUGAUGGAUAAGCAGUUCUGCUUGAUAAGUGUCUAAAAACUGCCAUUAGCUGGUCUAGUAUUUUAAUCAUAAUAAGAAACAAAAUUGUUUCAGUAUAUGAUAAUAGGUAAUUGUCUUAAACCUUAUGUAUAAUGUUACAUUGUUGUACAAAGAUCAUUGACUUCUGUGUGUUGCUGUUAUGGGUGAAGUCCCACAUGUUAUGUACAUUGACCUGUGUAUAUAGACCUGUAUCUAUUCUGCAGCCCAGCACUGGCUAUGCUCAUGCAUGAGUUAUAGAAGAGUUAAGUAAGGCAGCAUGUGGACCGCAAUGGAGGUUGGGCAGAGGAGCUAGGCGAUUAUUUAUGUGCCAAACAAUGGGAUUGGGACUGUUUCCUGCAAGCAUGGCUGAUGGGAGGACGUUGUUGUAGGUUCUGACCUACUGUACAAUUCUGCUUAAUCAAUGGUUGUAGUUAGUUCUGAACUUCCACACUCCUAUGUCGGAAUGGAUGUAGUUAGUUCUGACCUACUGUUUGGAUGGAUGUAGUCAGUUCUGAUCUUCUCUGCAACAUCAGCUCAGUUGAUGAAUUUGGUUAAUUCUAAAUCCAUGUUACAGAGGUUUGUGGUGGUUAAUCAAUUCUCAACAUUGUAUCAGUAUUGUGGGUUGUCAAGUUGAUUCAGGCCUUCAGGAUGACCCUGUUGCAGAGGAUUAACAUACAUUUAGUACCUACCACAGACCCUGACAAUGGUGGAUGUACUUCGUUCAGAACUUCCAUAAAACACAAGGCCGGGGAUCCAUUCAACCCUGAUAUAAGGUUGCAAGUUGAUUCGGUCAGGACUUACAACACCUUCAAUGCAUAAUUGUACAGCUAAUACUGUGAGUAUCAUGGGUUGGGUGUUAUGAAGGGGUCGAGUAGGUUAGACUUUCCAUAGUCUGUGAUAGGGAAUAUCUCAGAGCAGGUGUUGAAAAAUUCAGAAAGAAAAUCAGUGACAAGGUUUUGCCUUAGGAACUGUUACUCAUCUAAAUGUUGAUGCAGGAAUCCUAAUAAAUCUUGAGCUUCAAAGUGUACUUAUUUCUAGUACAGAGGGAUAAGUUCCUGAAUCUUGAGAGCAAAAGUACUCACCAAUCCGCAUCUAUGGAAAUGUUUGGCGGGACUGAAUUCAUCAGGCAUGUCCACCAGGCCUGGUAUCAUUUUAACCAUGUCAUGUAUGGCUACACUGAGUGUUUAUCAUUCUUUGUCAUAAACAUUUUAUUCCUAACAGUGUUACCAGAUUAUCGUCUGUGAUGUUUCUACACAAACUGUGGUAAGGUUCUUACAGUCAGGUGUCUAUUUAAGAGAACAUUUUAACCCUUACAGUGUUAGAGAACAUUGCUUGUGUCUAACCUGUCAUUUUAUCCCUAGCCGUGGUACAGUUUUCCUUCUCAGGCCCCUCAUUUAACUAACGGAACAUUUUAUCAUUAGCAGCCCUCAACUGUGUACAGGCAAUUGUGAAUAAAAGCUGUGUCAGAACCUUU